UCGCAGCGGUACCACAUGGACAACCUGUCCAGGGUCAUGUUCCUGCUUCUGUGCCAUGUCACCUCACUCGCUAAGCAGCUUGUGUUCCACGCUGACGCCGCGCGGAUCGACCUCCUCAUUGAUAGCCUCAACGAUACGCUGUUGAAUCCACGGGCGCGGGGCGAUUUGUUGGCGUCCACACGCGCGCGCGCCCGCCGCGUCUUGGCUACGUACACUGGCUGCGCGGUUGUCACGUGCACCCUGUGGCUCGCGUUCUCUCUGCUGAGCCGCGCGAGGACACACACCUAUGAGUUCGCCUUCUACACAGGACUUCGCACCGACUCUACCUUAAAAUUCUCGGCGGUCCUCUUGUACUCGUACUACGUCACCACGAUGGUGGCCAUCGCCAACACCACCACCGACGCCUUCAUUGCAACACUACUCUACCAGUGUCAAACUCAAUUUACGAUCUUACGAUUGAACUUGGAACGUCUACCCGAGAGCGCAAAAGAAUUGAGUGUAAAGCUUGGAAAAAACUUCCAAACUAUUCUGAUGGAACUAUUUAUUGAAUGUUUAGCGCAUCACAAAAAGAUUACAGACUUGGCCAAUCUACUUCUGGAUAUAUUUGGAACAGCAAUAAUGGUGCAGUUUACAAUUGGAGGCUGGAUUCUGUGUAUGGCAGCGUACAAAAUAGUGAGCUUGAACGUCCUCAGCCUGGAGUUCGUCUCCAUGACUCUCUUCAUCUUCUGCAUCCUGACGGAGCUGUUCCUGUACUGCUACUUCGGAAACGAGCUCACUGUAGAAAGCGACCAGUUGGCCGGGGCGGCGUAUGCAAUGCGCUGGGAGGACACUUCAUUGCCAUUCCGCCGCUCCCUGCUGUUGCUGAUGCUCCGAGCACGGCGCCCACUGCGACCAGCUGCUGGUCGCGUGCUGCCGCUCUCGCUGGAAACCUUCCUUAAGAUACUGAAGUCGUCCUAUACAUUCUACGCAGUUCUUCGUCAAACUAAAUAG